AUGCUGAACAUCUGUCCUACAUACCUGACCAGUAUCUUCUUUGCCAUCACCGCUACGUCCCCGGUCAACACGCCCACAAGAGAUACCAUCGUUGUCAAAAUAAUCCCAGCCACUGGCGGAGAUUUCAGCUCCAAUAAUGUCGACCUGCACACCUUUAGCGAUCCAAACUCCCCUGUCUGCAAUUCCAAAGUCGGCCGACCCGGCGGCGUCUACAUCUGCCCCGGUCCAAACUUCACGCCUUCUGCAACUCAAAAAUGCAGGUGGUGGCCACCUCCUGCUGCUGCUGACGAAACAGUCUGCAUUUCUUAUAAAAAGGAGCUCAGUCUUGAUCUAAGCCGUCCUCAGUCUAUCGGACCUGACCCUGAUGGCUACUGCCUUCUAUACCAGGAGCCGGAUUGCAGGAAUGGGGCACAAGCUCAUAUCAUAACUAACGGACAAACGUACAAUACUAUUGGGUGUCCUGGGUUGAACGGUGACUUUGGCAUUGCAGACAAACCUGCCACCGAAAUUCGCCGAAAGACAACUCGAGAUGUCGCCCUCCGACACCCAGCAUUGCGCCCGAAGCUGUCGAAAUCAGUCCACCAAAAUUCAUCACGACUAGACGUAUCGCAAGGACCUCUGCGCGCCACAUCAGAUUGUGUAUUGGUUAAGGAACAGACUGGUGAUUAUGUCAAUCUCGACCUUCCACCGCGCACCCAAGACAGCCGUGAGCCUGCAUUCACAAUGGAUGGGGCUACCACCAAGGCUCCGAUUAUUGAACUUCAAAAAGCUAGUAACUGCGGAAAUGGUCUCGACAACCCACGAAAACGGAAGCCUGUAUGGCAGCUCUUCGAAGAUGUGCGGACAAAGCUUCGGUAA